AAAAAAUGUUGGUUCACUAGACUUUAAUAGUCUCAGAAACAUAUUUCUCAAUUAUACGGCCACUUAAGCUCGUUUCAUAUAUUAAAAAAAGAGAGAGAGAUUCAUCUCUUUUUUCGAUCCACUGCCAUCCGUGCAUAUACGUACACUUCAAACACCUUCACCGGCCACUAAACUAUCUCUCUGCCGCGCGCGCGCGUAAACAUACAUAUUAUGGAGGAGGCAAGUAAACCUCAAAAAGCAUCACCGUCACUUCCCUGGAAGACCCGCUUAGUACUCUCGCUCAUCUCCACCGUGACCGACGCCUGUUGUCGCCGCGACGGCACUGUGAACCGCCGCCUCAUAAGCCUCCUCGAACCCAAAGUUCCGGCCAAUCCCAACCCCAUCAACGGAGUCAAGACCCACGAUAUUACCGUUGACCCCUCUCGCAACCUCUGGUUUCGUCUCUUUGUCCCCACCCGACCCUCCGACAACCUCCCGGUGAUCGUGUUCUUUCACGGCGGUGGAUUCGUCUAUCUCAGCAGCAACAACAAAUCCUACGACUUGGUUUGCCGCCGCUUCGCCCGCAAAGUCCCCACCAUCGUUGUCUCUGUCAACUACCGUCUUGCACCUGAAAACCGGUACCCGGCCCAAUACGACGACGGAUUUGAUGUCCUACAAUUUCUUGACCAUGUGGAAACUCGUCGCCAAAUCUUGCCGGAAAAUGCAGAUCUCUCACGUUGCUUCCUCGCCGGAGACAGUGCUGGUGGUAAUUUGGCCCACCAUGUGUCCAAAAGAGCCUCCCACUCCAACUUUCGACAACUAAAGGUUAUUGGACUAGUGGCUAUACAACCAUUUUUCGGGGGAGAGGAACGAACCGAGUCAGAGAUGAAACUCAAGGACGCACAUUUGAUAUCUGUUAGUCGGACAGACUGGAUGUGGAGGGCAUUCUUGCCACCAGGAGUAGGAUCGGACAGAGACCAUGCGGCCAUCAACGUGACCAAUUCGAGGGCGGCUGACAUAUCGGGGUUGGAUUUUCCGGCAACCAUAAUCUUCGUGGGUGGUUUGGAUCCAUUGCAAGACUGGCAAAGAAGGUACUAUGAGAUGCUGAAGAGGUCAGGAAAAGAAGUGUAUCUGGUAGAGUACCCAAACAUGAUACAUGCUUUCUAUGUUUUUCCUGAACUGCCCGAGUCUACGCAGCUCAUUUCUGAGGUCAAAGACUUCGUCCACAAACAGUGUUCUAAGGUUGUCAAACCUUAAUAAAUUAGCUUCGUUAUUGUAAACCUAAUGUUGUAUUAUGUAAAUAGUGUGAACGAUUUAUGAAUAUUAAAUUCAAUUUGCGUCUAUUAAAUUUAAUAUGAAGUACUGUUACUUGCUUAUGGAGCAAAAAAAUUGCAAGCUAAGAUGGAUCGAGUGA